CGGCGUCCGAAAGGCGCAGCUCGGGUUCGGCCGAAUGCGUUUUCCUUGGCCUCGUGUCGGGCUGGGACGAAGCGCUGCCCGGGCGAACUGACCUUAAUGGCUUCCCAGCAUCUCCUCAUCUCCUGUCUCGCCCCCAGUCCUCAGGGCAGCGCUGUGGGAUGGACGGCACUUUGCCGGCGGUGGCAGAAGAGCUUCUGAAGGAGAUCAGGAAGGCUUUUCGGGAGACCUCCCACGUCCCCGAUGACCUGCUGCUGGGGCUAAAGUUCGUAUUUGGCCCAUCUGCUGUUCCAGCUUUGGAUCUGGUGGAUCAACGUUCUGUCACCCGAGUCGUGUCCCCGAGUGGAAGGACUGCAUACCAGGUCCUUGGGAGCUCAGGCAAACUCUACACCUGUUACAGUUCCUGCCACUUCUGCACGUGUCCUGCUUUUGGUUUCACUGUACUGCAGAAGAGUGAGAGCCUUCUGUGCAAACAUAUACUUGCUGUCUACCUCAGCCAGGCCAUGGAAGCCUGUCAGGAACUGACUGUCUCUGAGGAGCAGCUCACAAGCAUCUUACUGGCUGAGGAAGAGGAUGAAGGAUGAAGGACUCAGAUCACAUGCAGAUGUGAUUUCUAUGUACCUCCUGGCUGCACAGCCAGCAUUUUUCUUGUCUACAAGGCUGUCAAAUGUCCAUUGCGGCUGCUAGGCUUAUUCUUGUGCUGUAACCAAGUAUGACUUAAUUAGCAGCUUUGCACCGAUAUAUAAUAAAUGGUAAAAAGCC